UCUUACUCCACUCAUCGAGUAUAAGAUGCUGAACCAGGAGGAAGGGGAGUACUACAACGUACCCAUUCCUGAGAUAGAUGAUGUCAACCUAGAACUCCGGCACAAGUUUGAGAAAGCCAAGAUGGGUCCCGGUAAGAAGAUGAUCACUCCGUCGGACCACCGGAGGUUCAGCCUGCCGAACAUGGACCGAGUCCGCCUCAGUGACUUUCACUUCCUGGCGCUGCUGGGGAAGGGAAGCUUCGGCAAGGUGAUGCUGGCAGAGAUGAAGUCAACAGAGGAGCUGUACGCUGUUAAGAUCCUGAAGAAGGACGUGGUGAUCCAGGACGACGACGUGGAGUGUACCAUGGUGGAGAAGAGGGUGCUGGCCCAGAGGGAUAAGCCCCCCUUCCUCACACAGCUGCACUCCUGCUUCCAGACCGUGGACCGGCUGUACUUUGUGAUGGAGUAUAUCAAUGGAGGGGACCUCAUGUACCACAUUCAGCGUGUGGGCAAGUUUAAAGAGCCCCAGGCAGUAUUUUAUGCUGCAGAGAUUGCCGUGGGCUUAUUCUUCCUGCACAGAAAGGGAGUCAUCUAUAGGGAUCUUAAGCUGGACAACGUCAUGCUGGACUCUGAGGGCCACAUCAAGAUCGCUGACUUUGGCAUGUGUAAGGAGAACAUGUACGAGGGUAUGAACACGCGCACCUUCUGCGGAACGCCAGACUACAUCGCCCCCGAGAUCAUUGCGUACCAACCUUAUGGGAAGUCUGUGGACUGGUGGGCGUAUGGCGUUCUACUCUAUGAGAUGCUGGCAGGACAGCCUCCAUUCGAUGGAGAGGAUGAGGACGAGCUGUUCCAAUCCAUCAUGGAGCACAACGUUUCUUACCCCAAGUCCAUGUCCAAGGAGGCCGUCUCCAUCUGCAAGGGACUGAUGACCAAGCACCCAUCCAAGCGGCUGGGCUGUGGGCCCGAGGCGGAACGGGACAUCAGGGAGCAGGCGUUCUUCAGACGCAUCGACUGGGAACGCCUGGCCAACAGAGAGAUCCAGCCCCCCUUCAAACCCAAAGUGGGCGGCAAGGGGGCGGAGAACUUUGAUAAGUUCUUCACGCGCACCCAGCCCAUGCUGACCCCGUCCGACCAGCUGGUCAUCGCCAACAUCGACCAGAGUGAGUUCGCCGGCUUCUCCUACGUCAACACGCAGUUCAUCCACCCCUCACUGCACAGCGUCGUAUGAGUGGACCGACGGCAGUGGAGAAGGAGGACAUGGAGAACGAAAGAUCGAGUGAGACAGAGGGCUAUGGAUAGAAAGUGGGACAACAACGGUGACUUUGCAGAUAUUCCACACGCCAAUCCUUCAGUAUCCUACGGUGGGAGAAACUCGUCGUGUCGUCCUCUACUCAACCCUCCGGGAGAGAUCAAGGAGGAAUCAAGAAAAACCAGAAGGGGAGAGAAAUCAAGUCUCAAUCAUCACAACACUUUUGCUGUUACUUUUAAAAAACGUCCAUCUCUUUUCACCACACAGCCCCACACAUUCGUAAAUAUAUAGAUAAUAUAUUCAUAUUCCUUCACGCCGGUAUCCUUCAUUACUCCGACUCUUUCCUGUGUUUUGAAUGUGAGAAGCAGACACGGCCCUAAUAUGCCUUCUAGGUCCUGGUAAUAAGAUGCAAGAUGUACAUAACCCCAAACCACCUCUUACCAUGCAAGGAGCUACGUCACACUCGACAGAACUUGACAAUACACUUUUCCUGGUCCCUGUUCUGUUGUACAUUCUUGACCAAAAUGUCCUGCCAUGGUUCAAAUACAUCCUGUUUAUGUUUUCUAUUGUAAUAUACAGAUGGUGUGCUGUUACACGAGUGCCAAAAAUAGACGUGGAGCUAAAUAAGUACAAAUCCUGCUGAGUUUAUAGACAGCUGUAUCAGUUGCUCAACAGUACUUAGGAACUACAAGGUCUCCGGCAUAUUGGACCGUUUUUUAUCAACGAGUUCAAACCCUUUUCCACUGGAUCUUUUUAUUUUCACUAUUCUUGAUAGGAAUGUGGGAAUUACAUGUAAACACAUUUACAGAUAUAUAAAGAAAGUUACAGAGGAAGAUGCAAACAUUAGUAUGUCUGACGUGUAUUGGGAGUCAGAAAUCUGUGGAACAACAAAUAUUGAGUAUUAAUUUGACUUGAACCUAUAUUUACUAUCUCCAUAUUCACAAGGCAGUUCAUUGUUGCAUGCUUAAUUUCUGACCCCGAAGGCUCUCUAGAAUGCCAUAAAUGUCUAUCAUUGUAAACUGAGUAUGAUAUAUGUUGAUAUAUAAUUGUUGUAUGUUUGAGAGAAGACUUUUAAUCAAUAGUUUUUUUCCCCCCAUUUUGUUUUAUAUUAAGCUUUGUGAUCCUCCAUGUCUAGCGAGAUUCACACCAUUCAUGUCCGUUCUUUUGUAAAUAUGUUUAAAAAAAGUUAUUAGAAGAUACCUUACUUCAAAAUUUUAUAAAACGAACUGAAUGUGCUUUAUUACCUUAUGUAUUUUGUUUUUGUUUUGUUUCGUCUCGUUUCCAUAGGUUUUCUUUCGUUAGCAACUAGUAUCAUAGAGCUUACAACGCACCAUAUGUUUAUCAGUGGUGCUUGAAAUCAGUUUGAUUCUGUCUCGCCUCGGUCUCCUCAAGUCCGUAACAACCAGUCGUCAACCAACCUGCUGGAAGCCAGACAUGAGGUUGUAUGGGGCCUUCGAUGGCCGUCAGAACAAAGCAAAAGCCCUGUGUUUUGUAGCUUAAUAGUGUGCAUGUGUGCGACUAGGCCUGAUCUAAGCAUGACAAAGGCCCCUGCAUGCUACAACUGGUUUCCCAGGUGUGAGGCAUGGAGUACAGCCAACCAAAUGCCACGCAACAUCUUUCUUUUUCUACCCGUCGCUUUCUCUCUUGCUCGUCAUGUAGCCUUCCUCCGUUCCGAGCUCCUUUUGGCUAGCGUUUAAACAAGCUGUAUAAGCUAAGGCGAUUUUGGUGGGUGUACCUUUCUUGUUCAGCUGGCUUUAUGCUAAUUGGGUUGUUGCCAAACUAACCAGCUGAAACUCGUGUUGUGGUAGCGAGGGGGAUCUGGCCAGCAGCUUGCUUAGUUUUGAGGCUGAAACCUACUUCAUCCCUAAAUUUGUUUGUUUUUGUCGUUCAGAAGCUGCCAAUGUCAGUGACUCUGCACACUUUAGGGUCUUCAUUCUGUAGUUACGUAAUACUUACUAUUAUCGUACCUGAUGUUUCAACUGUCACAUUUGGACCAAAAUUACAUUUUUUUUUAAGAUGAGAAGAUAAAUGAAUGUUUACAAUGUCUCACAUUGAGAACCAGUAUCAGAGGAGACCAACCUGUGGGGCCCAUGUUGAUGCGCACAACAUGCUUGUCAGGAUACCACAGUAGGCUUGAGUUAUUCGUUUUGUUCUCCCUUUCAGUGCCCCCUGCUUUUGGUAACCAGAUUACUCUUGUUCCUCUGUUUAUUGUGGUAUAAAGGAUACUGUAUGAAUAAAGGUAUAA